AUGAGCGAGAACAUGUCAGACGUCCCCGCUCAACCCCCGCCAGCAAGCGCCGAGGUGGAACAACCCGCUCAGGACAAGGCCAAGGACGUGGAAGCAGCCCAAACCCCUGCCGAAACUGCAUACCCGUCUGCCAAAAUCGCCAUUCCCAUCAUCAUCACCGUAUAUCUGGGCCUGUUCGUCGUCGCUCUGGACAGGACCAUCAUUGCAACCGCAAUUCCCAUCAUCACCAAUGAAUUCCACUCAUUGGGAGAUGUCGGCUGGUAUGGCUCCGCCUACAUGCUUACCGGCUGCACGACCCAGCUGCUGGUCGGACGCAUCUACACCUUCUACAACCAAAAGGUCGUGUACUUGACUUCACUGUUCCUCUUCGAGGCCGGCUCGGCCAUCUGCGGCGCAGCUCCCAACUCAACCGUCUUCAUCGUGGGCCGCGCCAUCGCCGGAAUGGGCUCAGGAGGCGUCUUUUCCGGCGGCAUCCUCUUGACCAUCCCCCUCGUCCCGCUCCGAAAGCGUCCCAUCAUCCAAGGCAUGGCCGGAGCCCUGUUCGGCAUCGCCAGCGUCGUCGGGCCUCUCCUCGGCGGCGCCUUCACCGACCACGCCACCUGGAGAUGGUGCUUCUACAUCAACCUGCCCAUCGGCGCCGUCGUCGCCGUCGUCGUCUUCUUCGUGCUCAAGCAGACCGCACCGCCGACCAACGCCGCCCUCAGCGCCAAGGCCAAGAUCCUGCAGCUCGACCCGCUCGGCAACGCCUUCUUCGUCCCCGGCAUGGUCUGCCUCCUCCUCGCGCUGCAGUGGGGCGGCACCACGUACGCCUGGCGCAGCGCGCGCGUCGUCGCCCUCCUCGUCCUCGGCGGCCUCCUCCUCGCCGCCUUCGUCGCCGUCCAGGCCGCCAACCGCAACGACACCGCCACCGUCGCCCCCCGCAUCAUCAAGCAGCGCACCGUCGCCGGCGCCUUCUGGUUCGUCUUCUGCACCUCCGCCGCCAUGAUGGGCGUCGUCUACUACAUGCCCAUCUGGUUCCAAGCCAUCAAGGGCGUCUCGGCCGUCUCGUCAGGCCUCAUGCUCCUCCCCGUCGUCCUCUCCCUCGUCGUCGGCAGCAUCCUCACCGGCAUCUGCGUCAGCCGCACGGGGUACUACGCGCCGUUCCUGCUCGCCUCGAGCGCCGUCGCCUCCGCCGGCGCCGGCCUGCUCACCACCUUCACCACGUCUACCGAUCGCCCCGCCUGGCUCGGCUACCAGGUCCUCUUCGGCCUCGGGCUCGGCCUCGGCAUGCAGCAGGCCAACAUCGCGGUGCAGUGCGUGCUGCCGCGCGCCGACGUGCCCGUCGGCGUCACGCUCGUCUUCUUCGCCCAGCAGCUCGGCGGCGCCGUCUUCGUCUCCGUCUGCCAGAACGUCUUCACCAACGAGCUCGCCCGCGGCCUGCGCGCCCUCGCCACCGCCGACUUCAGCCCCGCCCGCAUCGUCGCCACCGGCGCCACGCAGCUGAGGAACGUCGUCAGCGACGACGCGCAGCUCGGCGCGGUCUUGACGGCGUAUAAUGCGGCGCUGGUCAAGGCGUUUACCGUCGCGUUGGCCAUGACGUGCUUGAGCGUGUUUGGGAGCAGCGUCAUUGAGUGGAAGAAUGUGAAGACGGUGAGGGAUGAGGAGGCGGUGGCGUUGCAGAACAAUAAGAAGGAGAAGGAGAAUGAGAAGACUGUGGACUCGGAUGUCCAGACGAGGAGUGACGGCGACGAGGCUGAUGUCGAGAAGAAGACGCAGGAUUCGGUGUAA